CCUCUCUUCCUUCUUCCUAAAACAACAGUCCCACGAAAAAAAUCUCUUCUCCAUCAGAAGAAACUUCCAAAAAGUUCCAAUGGAUCCUCCUCACUCAACUCCCAUAAUCGAAGAACCACAAGUUCCAAUCUCGCUUCCCGAAGAACCCAUCGAUCCAGCACCAAACAACCCCGAUUCGGAGAAACCGGAUCCCGAUCAACCCGGAUCCGACUUAAAACUCGAAUCCGACUCAGACGCUCCCACCGCUUCCUCCUCCGACAACCCUAAAUCAGAAUCCGCACCCGUCCAAAACGACGCCGUAAUAGAAGAAGAAGACGAAGUAGACGAAGAAGAGGAAGACGAACAUCCGAUUAAGAAACAGAAACCUCUCGAUUCUCUCAAUCCCCUCGCCGUGAAGAACGAGGAGGAGCCGGAGCCUCCAUCAGCGACUCCGAUCGUAACCGCCGCAACAACCAAAAAAUCAAAAUCCAAGAAGAAGAACAACAACGUAUGGGUUACAAAGAGCACACGCAAAGGCAAAAAGAAGAGCAAAGCCACCACCACGCCGAGCUCAGCCGCCGUGGACGACAAGGUCCUCAUCACGCCGGUCCCGAGGUUCCCCGAUAAGGGAGACGACACGCCCGACUCCGUGAUCCGCCUCUCGAAGGUCUACAAGGCGGAGAAAGUCGAGGUGAGCGAGGACAGGCUCACCGCGGGGAGCAGCAAAGGGUACAGGAUGGUGAGGGCCACGAGGGGAGUCGUGGAGGGAGCUUGGUACUUUGAGAUUAGGGUUGUGAGUUUGGGGGAGACGGGGCAUACGAGGCUUGGGUGGUCGAGUGAGAAGGGGGACUUGCAGGCGCCUGUGGGGUAUGAUGGGAAUAGUUUUGGGUUUAGGGAUGUUGAUGGGUGUAAGAUACAUAAGGCUGUGAGGGGGGAGUAUGCUGAGGGAGGGUAUAAGGAAGGGGAUGUUAUUGGGUUUUAUAUUAACUUGCCUGAUGGGGAAGCUUUUGCUCCUAAGCCGCCUCGGUAUGUGUGGUAUAAAGGGCAGAGGUAUGUGUGUGCGCCUGAUACUAAAGAGGAGCCUCCUAAAGUUGUGCCAGGUAGUGAAAUAUCGUUCUUCAAAAAUGGUGUAUGUCAGGGAGUUGCUUUCAAAGAUCUUUUUGGCGGUCGUUACUACCCUGCUGCUUCAAUGUACACUCUCCCCGACCAGCCAAACUGUGUUGUGAAGUUCAAUUUUGGCCCAGAUUUCGAGUUUUACCCUGAGGAUUUUGGUGAGCGUGCAACACCGAGGCCCAUGUGGGAGGUUCCGUAUCAUGGAUUCAAUGGUAAACCUGAAAACGAUGGUUCUGAUGAUAUGAAGAGUUAGGUAGACCAAGCAGGCGUAAUCUUAACAUUUUUAACAUAGUUUUUUUUUUAAAUCUAGUCAUUGGUUCAGAUACGAUUGUAUGAGUAGCAAAUGAUACGCUGGAAACUAGCAUUUUUCUUACUUUCAGAACUUUAUGUUCUUUCUGGAUUAGCCAUAUUCGUCAAAAGUUAUUGGUUGUUCAUUUGUAUGUUUUCUUACCCUUCAUAUGUAACAUUUACGACAAAUUAUAUUUGCCUUUUCUUCAAAGGUUGAAACUUGACAUA